AACGAAUGUAUCACGGAACAGUUUCCGUGGUUUAAGAAUAAAACAUUAGAAAUCAUAUAUAAACUCUGAAAAGAUAGUUUAUGAAUAGCUUAGAAUAUCCUAUUUGAAAGCCAUUAACAUGUUUUCUCGAACAAUAUUGUCUUGUCUUUGUCAAACAGGUAAUCCAUCAUGCACCAAUCCUCUUGGAAUUUCUGUACAAAUGGCUGGACUUAGAUAUUUUCCUCCUCCACCAGUUUAUGAUUUGGAAAUACCUCCUGAUACACGAGGGAAAAAGCUGCCAAUAUAUCCAAGAGUCCCAACAUAUCCUCCUACAAUGAAACCAUUUAAAAUGCAAAAGAAACUGAAACUUAUGAGGGGUGAAGAAACAGUUUUGAACAAACUCAUACAUAAACAGUAUGGAGUUAUAGCAUUGAUUGGUGGUAGAUUGAAAUGGAAUCAUUUUGAAAUGAUGCGUUGGACUGUAAACAAAUACUUGCCUGAUAAGGCUUUUUCACUGUAUAGAGUGGAUCCACCGUGGCAACCUGUUACAAAGAAGGGAGCUGGACAGCGAAUGGGGGGUGGAAAAGGUGCAAUUGAUCAUUAUGUAACACCCAUAAGAGCUAGAAGAGUUAUAUUAGAAGUUGGAGGGCCAGUAGAAUAUGAUGAGGUAAAAAAAGCAAUAGAAUCAAUUGCUAAUAUGUUACCAUUCAAAGCCAUGGCAGUUACUCAAGAAUCAUUAAACCAACUUCAUGAAGAUGAAAAGUAUCUCGCAGAUAACAAUGAAAAUCCAUUCACUUUUAAAUAUAUUAUCCAAAACAAUCUUGGUGGUUGUCACAACUGGAUAAGUCCACUAGACAAAUACUGGUAUGGCAAACAUAGAUAGACAGAUUUAUACUUGUUUUUUUAAAAACAUUAUUGCGUUAAUAAAAAAUU